UUGAUUUGCAAUGUGACGGAAUUGAACAGAUGCUUGACGGUUCGGCUCAAUUCCCUGCACCUCCCAAUCAUUGACGUUCUUGUGGCUGACACGCGUUCUACCCAAUUUUAAAGAUCCUGGGGUCACUUGAACUUCCUAGAUCACUUAUUAAUACAGUGAGCAAAAAUAAUGGCUACUCCUUCCAGUUCCGACGAGGGAGAGAUAGUGGAAAACGGUGUUGGAGACUCGAAGGCAACUCCACUGCCUCAACUUGAAAGAACCGGUGUUGACCGUAUGGACAGAAGUCGAGCUAGAUAUUCAAGAUCAAAAUCGCCCGAGUAUGUAAACGGCUCCAGGUAUCCUCCUGGCUCAAACCGACGAAGUCGCUCUCCUCGUGGGCGCAAGCGUCCUCGUGAUGAACGGGAAUCAUACCGUGGCGGCCGCAUAGAUGCGGACCCCCGCCGAUUCCGCGUUCAUUACGAGGAUGUAUCCGACACCCACCGCCGCUCACGCUUGUCGUACGAUGACGAAGACCGCCCUCCUUCGCGUUCAUCAGUCUCUGGCCUUCAUUAUGACGACAGAGACCGAGACUACUCUGGUCGCAACACAACCAGAGACCGAAGCCGCGAUCGAGAUCGAGAUCGAGACCGUUAUGCUAAGAAACGUUCCGGCAAUCGCGCUCGCUCUCCAUAUCGACCACCUCGAGGUGGUAGGCAUCGAGCCGACCAGUUACGACAUGACGAAGGCAGUCACUACCAUACUUCAGAUAAGAACGGUGUAGAUAGUGUUCGGUCGAGCCAGCAAGGCACUCCCCGACACUCUCAAGACCAAGCAAAGUAUUCUGAGCGACAAGCUUCUGCAGAGACUACAGCUUCUAGCAAAAAUGACACUAAACUUGCAUCAGGUGGUUCGGGAGAUAGUACUCGUACAACAGAUCAAUCAGAAUACCAUUAUGAAGAGGAGAAGCCUGUCGACAUAGAGGCGGAAUUGGAACGACGGCGUCGACGGCGCGAAGAACUUCUUGCUAAAUCACGCGGCGCAACUCCGAUGCUCGUACAAGCUCUUCAAGCUUCAGAGAAGACGAAUGCAUCCUCUCCGGGCCAGACACGAGCUGGUACGCCCGUAUUUGCCGAUGGAAACACUCCCCGAUCCAUUAUCUCAUCGCCGAACUCCCCAGCUCGUGGUAUCCAAGAAGGAAUGUCACCCACUGUGAUUGAUAUAUCUAACGAUCAGGAUCUUAUCAAUACUCAUGGAAAAUUUAGAGGUAGUGAUGAUGACGGACCUUCCGCAGCUGACUACGAUCCGACGAACGACAUGAGAGAAGAUGAGCUACGGGAUGAACGACGUCAUGGUCAUAUCGGGCCUCAUGGGGAAGCAAUUCCUCUUAACCCGAAGGCGGAGAUUGCACCAGCAGAUACUCCCCAGCAGCUAGAGAAGUCUAAAGCUGACGAUGACGAUGAAGAUUUUGACAUGUUUGCUGAAGAUUUUGACGAGGAGAAAUUUGCCGCGCCUAAGCCAGAUCAUCUGGACGCUGCUGUAGAUGAUCGUAAGGUCCCUGCCACCCUUUUACAAGCUAGUGCCGGCGGUAUCCUUGAGGGUGACGACAAAGAGGGAUAUUAUAAGAUCCGAAUCGGCGAGAUUAUGGACGGUCGGUACCAGGUCCAGACGACCCUCGGCAAAGGCAUGUUUUCUGGUGUCGCCCGAGCCGUUGAUAUCACGAAUAAAUCAUUGGUUGCCAUAAAGAUGAUGCGGAAUAACGAUGCUCUCAGGAAGGGAGGAUUUACUGAGAUAGCGAUCCUGCAAAAGUUGAAUGAGGCUGACCCUGAGAACCGCAAGCAUAUUGUCAAGUUCGAGCGCUAUUUUGAGCACAAGGGCCAUCUUUGUCUAGCCUUUGAGAAUCUCAGCUUGAACUUGAGAGAGGUUCUGAGAAAGUUUGGCAACAAUAUUGGCAUCAACUUGAACGCCACGCGCGCUUAUGCACACCAGAUAUUUGUUGCUUUAGCUCAUCUUCGCAAGUGCAGUAUCAUUCACGCUGACUUGAAGCCGGACAACAUCCUAGUCAACGAAACGCGCAACAUCCUCAAGAUCUGUGACUUGGGUACGGCUAUUGAUAGAUCAGAUGCUGCAACGGCGAAUAAUGAGAUUACUCCUUACUUGGUCAGUCGGUUCUACCGAGCCCCAGAGAUCAUCCUCGGAAUGCCGUACGACUACGCCGUCGACAUGUGGUCCAUCGGCUGCACGUUGUAUGAGCUAUACACUGGCAAAAUCCUUUUCACGGGGGAUAGCAACAACCAAAUGCUCAAGGCAAUUAUGGAAAUCCGUGGCAAGUUUAGCACCAAGUUAUACAAACGCGGUGAAUUAUCUCCCAUGCAUUUUGAUGAUUUCGGGAAUUUUGUCAGCCUUGAGAGGGACAAGGCGCUUGGUAAGGUAUGUUGAUAUUUCCUAAUUCGCUCACAAUCCCUGGGCGGCAUAUUACUGGGGGGAUUUGAUUUAUCACUUGCAUUUCUAUUUAUACACAGCGUCUAGUCGACGUUGUCCUAGGCUGGGGGUGGUGCCGGGCCAAGGCUGCAAGCUGCAGGCGGAUCACAUCAGCUAAUGAGUGCAUUCGGGAUGAUGCCAGCCGCAUCAAGAUCCCUGUUUCCUUUCAUCUAUCUUCCUUAGGUGGUGGUGGCUUAUGGGAUCAUGUCGCGCCUCAGACUAUCAUCAACAUGCCCCAUGUUUAAUCCUACCAGCAUGUUGCAUUAUCACUGGUCUCGAGUCGAUGCGGACUCGGGCGCGCUUAUGAUCUGACUAUUACCCCGGAUCUUACGGCAUCGAGCUGAUGCUACACCACCACCAGCUUACCUCCAUAUCUGCCAUAGCCCUUUGAUAUUGGAAGGAAGACUCUUUAAUCUAUCACCUGUUUUAUAUGUCUUAGACACGCCGACUAACUAG